CCCUCACACAGCUGGUACAAUGUAAACACUGCACCGUGUCUCGCAUGGACUCUCAUCCUACACUCUCAAACACUCGGUUUUCUUCCUUCUCUUCUUCACUCCACGUUAUACAGUUAAGAUAAAACAUGGAAAAAAGUAAAGAGUUUUCAUGUGAAGAUAGUGACUCCGACAGUUAUGAUGACUUCUUUCCUUGCCUUGGAAAUGAGAGUGGCGUUAAUAUGGAAGACGUCAAGUCAUCCAGGAUGGAUAUAGAAUCCCUAGUGAAGGCUGAGGUUUCUGAUCGUCAUACUGAUGCUUUCCUGGUGAACAUUGCAAAGGAAUUGAAAUUAUUUGACGAUUCGACGGAAAAUGAAACAAAACCUCUGGUACUAGAACUACCAGUAGAUAUUGAUGUGAAGCAGCAGAGAAAUGUAGUACUGCAGCCACCAGGAGUUCCAUUCUUUACUAAGAGGCACCACCAUCUUUAUACAGAGGAUACGCUUAUAUGGCCGUUUCAGAAGACGCCACAAAUCUUGGCAGAUCUUAAACCACCCAAAAUAAAAAAGUAUAUUUGUGAAGAUUGGUUUAUGAGAGGAUUCCCAUCACAAAAAACAGUUAUCCUUUUGAUAAGGUAUCUUUUCCAUACUAUGUGCUGCACCAUGGAUUCUCAAGUGCGUCACUCUGCAUACAGUACCAUCUGCUACUUGCUCACAAUAAAAGAGCUGCAAAUCAAUAUGAUUCAAGAUUAUUAUUUAGCCUUUGAUAAUCUAGGUGCUGAUUUAAGCAAGUUGAAAAAAGAUGUUUCGAACUUCACAUCUCCUGUAAUCCCCUCCACUGGUACUUGCUUGAAUGGAUCUGAUAAGAGGAUUCCUUUGAAGGUGUUAAAAGAAACCAUUUCCUUGAUACUGCAGUUACAAGUGCUCCUACUCACCAAGAAGAAGUACGAAAGCAAGGAUGCAGAUAAUUUAAUCUGCAUGUAUCUUGCUAUUGGUUUGGAUCCCAGGAUGAUUGAUGUUGGGAUGGAUAAUCACAUCGCUAAUUGUGUGGCCAACACGCUCAGUCUUUAUACUUCGGAUGAGAGCUUCUACCAGUAUGUUCAGAGUCUAGCAAAAAACAUUAUAGAGUAUGGCAAGUUUGACCACCUCAAUGUCUCCCAUAUUUGCUCUAUGUAUUUGUCGUAUACUGCUACUCACUAUGGAAGAGCACUCCGAUCAGCUGUUGCAAUUAUUCAAGCACAGAUCAGCCUGCAGAGAGAGGAGUUAAAUAUUUUUGAUGUGGUUGAUGUUCAAGAUGUUGCACAAUUGGUUGAGGAACAGUUGCAAAUAUUUUAUGACGAAGAGGAUGGGUGUGUUUUACACUCUGUCAUGAAGCUGAUGGACUUCUGUAUAACAGAUGAGCCACUCUCUGCAGCCCGAAAGAAAGAACUAAAGAAGAUUGUAGAAUUAAUAAAUCCUAUUGCCUCUACUAAACGAGACAAAGUGGAUGACGUAAACAUUACCGUUUUUCGCUUCUUUGCCCAUCUGGUGAUUAAGAAAUGGAGGGGGAAAAUGGGUGCAAUGGGUAGACAGCAGACCCUUGAUGAACUUCAUGUCAGCUCUACAAAGAAUGGAGAUGUGCUCAAUUAGACGUGAUGGUGGAUACAAAGGUAUACCGUUGACGGUACUGAAGAGAAGGCAGAUGCAGAUGAAGUUUUUAUUUUGAUGUCUCAUGCCAUGAUAAAACUAUGAAGAAUGAAAAUACACCCCACCUGUUUUUUCUAAUUAGAAACUGAGUUAUAUGAACACUUCAGUGUUGUUUGAGACCUACAAUUUGUGUUUUUAAUGUUUUUAGAAGCCUCUUUUGGAAUCUUAAAUUUAUAUUUUAUUUUUACACAAGAACUAAGUGUACUUUUAGUUUACUGUAUCUGUGCUCCACAUACAGGAAUUAUGUUUCAAAUCAAUUUUAAAUAUGUUGCAAAACAAUCUUAAUUAAGUGUUUAAUUAUGAAUAUGGAGAAAGCAAAGUGCUUCCAAGCAUUCCCAGUAGUUAAGGUGCUUGACAGAACUUAUACGUGCAGUAAAGGAUCUCUGUACACUCUCUAGAUCUGCGAUUUCACCUGCUUUGAAUGGAGAUGUUAAUGUACAGCAGUAUUCCAGCCUAGAGAGAACAAGUGAUUUGAAAAGGAUCAUCAUUGGCUUGGCAUCUCUCGUUUUGAAAGUUCUCAUUAUCCAUCCUAUCAUUUUCUUUGCACGUGCGAUCGUGGCACUGUUGUGAUCCUUGAAAGUGAGAUCUUCAGACAUUACUACUCCCAGGUCCCUUCCUUUCUAGUUAGCCAAACUUGAAUCCUGGAAAUGGGAAGUACAAUGCCUACACUUUAAAGGAAGGGUUUGGGAUAUUGACAGUUUGGAGGGACUUCUAAACUGUUGUGUUCUGGGCACCUCUGCAAAGACAAGUGAUUAUGUAUGAGUGAGGUGAAAGUGUUGAAUGAUGAUGAAAGUAUUUUUGUUUUGGGGAUUUUCUUUCUUUUUGGGUUACCCUACCUCAGUGGGAGAUGGCCGACUUGUUGAAAAAAAAACAUUGGGGAGUGGAUGUGUUGGCAGAUUUGUUCAUGUAAGACAAAUUGAAUGAUAGAAGGGAUAAAAGAAAGAGGACAAUUGCAGUAAAGAGAAGUCUUUAGAAAGAUAAAGGAAAUUAUCAGUGAUUCAAAAAUUAUAUGCAGUAGGGCCCCGCUUUAUGGCAUUUUGCCUUGUGGCAUUCUGCUAAUAUGGCGAUUUCAAAUUAUGACCAAAACUUGCUAUACAGCGAGUGGUCUUUCAAAUACAGUGCACAUCUCUCUAUUAUGUCUGAAUUUUUUCCAAAAUUUCAAGUGUUUUAAAGUUAUUGCAUAUUUAUAUGUACUCCAAUAAUUAUACAUGUGUGUACCUAUACCUAAAUAUACUUACACACUGUGCUGGUAUGCAGGUACACAUUAAAAUCAAUAAGAGUCUCUCUACUCUUCAUGUAAUACGUAAUCUCUUGGGCGCAUUAAAUGUUGUAUAUUACAUUAAUAUAGACAUUUCCAUUAAUCCAUUUGUGAUAUUUUUUCAAAAUUAUAUAAACACUCGUUUGUAACAUAUAAACAUGAUAAAUACACCACACAGUAGAAUAAAUAAACAUAAAUAUGAGAUGGGUUAGCCAGGCGACUUGUAGUCCAACAUUAGAGAAAAUGUGUCACUACAACAUUACUGAGGGUAACUAGAAAAUUAUUCCUUUAGUAUGCCUUCACUCAGGGCGUCAUUUCUUCUAAAAACGGUGUUACAGGAGAAUGGGAGUGUUUCUCUCUAUUUAUUCUACUGUAUCAACGUGGAGACAACUUGUACACAGUGUAAAGUGACAAAAACCAGAUGUGUUCGCCUGGUUUGUUUACAUUACGUGUGAGUGGAGUGGAGCGGGGGGCGCUGCCUUGGCUGGCUACCACCUGACUUCCUACAAAUAAAACUCCCUCUCACCCUAUGUUAGGACUGCAAAUAUUGUAAGGUAAUUAAUGAAUGUACUGUAUAUGUAUUUUAUCACUCUGGGAUGCUUAAAUUAAAUGUCAAAGUAUACGUAUUACCUUUGGGUGGGGUGGGCUGACCUGGCUGGCUACCAAACUUCCCAAACCUGACUUCUUACAAAUAAAACUCACCUCUUGCCCUACAUUAAGACUACAAAUAUAUUAAGGUGAUUAAUGAAUGUACUGUAUGUGUAUUUUACUUUUUAUUGUUUUUAAUUAAGCCUAGUUCUAUUGCUAACUUAAUACAGUAGAGCCCCGGUUUACGAUAUUAUUUCAUUCCAGAAGUAUGUUCAGGUGCCAGUACUGACCGAAUUUGUUCCCAUAAGGAAUAUUGUGAAUUAGAUUAGUCCAUUUCAGACCCCCAAACAUACAUAUACAAAUGCACUUACAUAAAUACAAUUACAUACGUGGUCGCAUUGGGAGCUGAUCGUAAACCGGGGGUCCACUGUAUAUGUUAGUGUAAACUUGUUAUCUGGCAUUUAUAUGCAUUUAUAAGUGGGAAAAAAAAGGCAUUCUGCUUUCCGGCGAUGUCUGCUUUCCGACAGUAGCCUAGAACCUAACCUGCCAUGUAAGUGGUGCCCUACUAUAUACAAGAAUAUGUACUACCACUUUUUUUAUGGUUGUGAAUCCUGGUUUUUGAAUGUUGCAGUUAGGAGUUGGCUGGGGUCUAUGGAAGUGUCAUAUAUGGGGUCAGGGUGUGGUGGAAAUAUGCAAAGAAUAAGAAGUGAAGAUCAUGAGUUAAGAUGAUGUGGUUCAGCGGAUUAUUUGUAUUGUAACAUCUAUGCACUGCUGAACAGUGAUGGUAAAUGUGUUUCCUUCUUUGGAUCACCCUCCCUUCAAGGGAAAAUGCCAUGACUCUGGUGAAGGGUACUUGAUCCAGUGAAUUUGAGCUACCCUCUCUUCCUGAGUUUAAACCUGAUUACCUCCCAUUCCUCUUAUGCACUGUGUCCCUCACAGUGCUUGUUGUGGUAUUUCCUGAUGAUAUACGAAUAAUAAUUUGAGCUACCCUACAUUGGUGAGAGAUCUAUGUUGUGCUAAAAAAGAGCAAACAGGGAUUUAUAUUUUAUUUUAAACUUUCUUUCUUUCAACGCACCGGCCGUAUCCCACCGAGGAGGGGUGGCCCAAAAGAAAAAACAAAAGAUUCUCCUUUUAAAUUUAGUAAUGAAUACAGGAGAAGGGGUUACUAGUCUCUUGCUCCCUUAUUUUAAACUAUAAAAUAUAUAACACUUCAACUACCAAUGGUCAAAAGCACAAGUGUUAAUUUAUCCUGUUACUAAUACAAAUUUUAUUUCUAAGAAUACAGUUAGAAUUUUUGGGAAUUAUAUCUCUAUAUAGUAUGAUUAGUUUUUUAAAAUCCUCUUGGUAUGUGAAGCAUUUCAGGCAGACUAAAAUUAAUAUUUACUACUAAAUACAAUCACAUUGGUAUGUGAAGCAUUUCAGGCAGACUAAAAUUAAUAUUUACUACUAAAUACAAUCACAAAUAUGGAGAUAGGAACUAAUAUAUGGAAUAAUAAUUUUAAAAGGAAAUUCAGCAUACAAUUUCAUUAUUGUAGUUAAGUUCAGUAGUUAUGCUUAUAGUUUAUUAAGCUAGUGAUAAAGGAUUUAUUAGACAUAAAUAUGUGAUCUUUAUUAUUGAUAUAUAAGAGAAAUUCAUGUUAAUUCUAUAUCACCACUAAUUCCCAACUACUAUAAGUAUAUGUUAUAGGAAAUAAAUAUGAGAGAAAAAUCAUUAGCAUUAAUAGGUAUUCAAACCUUCUCAAGAUAUAAUAUUGUACUGUUUAUCCAAAGUACAUAAAUGCUUUUAUACAGUAUUACCACAAGAAAUACAAGAAAACUACUAACCCCACACAAUAUACUAUUGUAUUGACUUUCUAAGACUUACUAUCUAAUAAAAUAUGUCUUUUUCACAUU